ACCUUCUACAACAACAUCAACCCACGGUCUCUAUCCUCGAAUCUCCAUCAGACACAAAAUGGCCCCCAACCAGCGCAUCGUUCCCUCCGGCUCUGGCCGCGCCCAGAAGGGCUUCGUCAGCACCAUCUACGAUGAGGCCACCAACCCCGAGAACAAGACCAUUGUCCGCAGCCUCCUGAUCUUCGGUGCCGGUGUUGCAUUCCUCCACAGCAGCCUCGGAGAGUUCCUCCUCCCUCCCAUGUAAAAUCUUUUACACCUUUUAUACCUCCGGUGAUACGACUCGGACCUCCCUUUUCAAUCCUGUGGAAGCAUACGGCGUCGGUCAAUGGAAACACAUGAAUAGACAUUUCGCUCGGUGGUUUUCGAUUGGAUAAUUUGUACAAUAGUUUAUUGGAAGGGCAUGCAUCAUCUCGCAUGCUUUGUCCCUGUUUCAUGAAUACGAGGAAUUUGCCAUUUAUUGGGUGUUCAGUAUUGUGGUUCAAUCCAUUUACUGGGG